AACUUGUAUUUUAUUAAUCAUAAUAUCAUCAUAUACUCAUAUACUCAUCAAACAAUCAUAAACACUAAUAUAUAUAUAUAUAUAUAUAUUUUUUGAUGAUGAAAAGUGAGAUAAACAUGCUUGGUGUUAACAACCAUGUGACGAUGAAGGGGAAAAGACAGAGCAAAAAGAACACAAAAGAGGUAAAGGUUACUUAUAUUUCAAGUCCUAUGAAGGUGAAAACUAGUGCUUCAAAUUUUAGAGCACUUGUGCAAGAACUCACUGGUCAAGAUUCUAACGUUGCUGAUAUGUUUGUGGAGUUUAAUGAUUGUGUUCAUGUUGAUGAUGUUCAAAUCAUGAAAAAAAGUUCAACUCAUCAACAAUGGAGUAGUGAUGAUAAUUCCAGUGAAGCAUAUCUGCAUGAAAGCUCUACUUGGAUGAAGUUAGAGGAUGAUUACAAUUUUAGAUCCUCAUUGGAGCCAUUCAAUGGACAAUUUCAAUUUGAUUUUUUGAGUUUUGAUAUGGCAUAGAUACAUAUCAUGAAAUAUUUAUGUAGAUAAGGGAUUUAGUUUUAUGAAAAAUUUAGAAAUAUUCAUCA